AUGUUGAGCAUACCGUUCAGAUGCUGUUAUCAUAUGCGUAGUUUAAACCAAGGAGUCCUCUCACUUGGAUACAACAGUAUCGGGUCCUUUAGAAAUUAUUCAAAGGACAAAGGGAAGUGUUGCUCCGAAGUGCCUCAGGCUGAAGGAAAGCGGGUUGAACCGUGGCCGAAGUCGGAUCCUCCCCCACCAGCCUGGCGAUGCGAGUGCCCUAGAGAACCUCAGCCCCCUAAUUAUGAUCCAUAUAGAAUCAAAGUACCGGAUGUUGUUGUACCCCCUUUACCACCAAGCAAUGCAAAGCCAAUGUUGGAAUGCGCGAAGACGAAAGGGCCAUGUUCAGUGCGACCGGUGGCCGACCCGCCGCCCUGCCCACCGCCACCGCCGCCGCCCUUCCCCUGGAUAUAUGUGUGGAUUCUUGGCUCUUUCUUCAGUCUUAUGGGAAUUCUAUACAAAAUAUAUCUUUAUAAAGAAAUGCAAGAGAAACUCGGUGAAAACGUUCCGAUAUGGCGUCCUCGUCGUAAAAUAAAAAGGCCCUUUCACUGCAAGGACUUGCCGGCUUGUGUGCAAUACUUGAUAGUCGGUACGGGCGCGGCUGGCUGGGCGGCAUAUAAAGCUAUCAUGGAGCACGAUAAAACUGCAAAGGUAUUUUUCAUAACGAAAGAAGACUGCCUGCCGUACCAAAGACCUCCGAUGUCUAAACACAUGUGGUGGAACGUGGAUCCACCUGAUAUAUUCAAGUUGAAUUAUGUGGAGAAAGGGAAGAGACACACAAUGUACCUAGCGGAAUGCCUGAGUUUCUUGGACCCGAUAAAGUUCUACCGCAAGAAGGUCGGCCCGGCCGUGUCCAUAGCGACCGGCUGGUGCGUGCUGCGCGUGGACGCGGACGACCACGUUGCCUACGUGAAGACCCUGUGCGGAGAACAGCCGAUAUACUACGAGAGGUGCUUGCUGGCUCUAGGUUCCAAGCCAAGAAAUCUAUCCAUCUUCAAAUACGCGCCGAAAGCGGUGCGCGAGCGGGUGUGCACGUUGCGCACAAUACGGGACCUUGAGAUCGCAUUCCGUAAAGUGAAGAAAUCCAAGCACGUUACCAUCAUCGGAGCCGGGCCCCUCGGGUGUGAACUGGCCUGGCAUUUGGGCAGGAUGAACAAAGUGGUAGAACGAGCUGAACACGAGGAGCCCAUCCAGUUGGUCCAAAUCUAUAAGGACAGGGGCAUCCUGGGCGCCAUCAUCCCGGAGUACCUGGGCGAGUGGGCGGCGGAGAAGAUACGGGCAGAGGGAGUGACUUGUAUGCGACAGACUCAAGUGUAUGAUGCAUUUGAGUCGGCGGACGGCCGGCUGGAGCUGACGCUUUCUAACGGAUCGUCUUUGGUCACAGAUUAUGUAUUCGUGUGUGUUGGAGCCGAUCCCCGCACGGAGAUGGCGGAACCUUCGUAUUUGGAGACUGACCCGGUUAAUGGAGGCUUCCUUGUCAAUACUGAAAUGGAAGCCAGGACGCAUCUCUAUGUGGCAGGUGACGCAGCGAGCAUAUACUCUCAGUGGAAGGACACGCGUCUCCGCAUGGAGCACUACGGGCCGGCGACUGACCAGGGCCACAUCGCCGGCUGCAAUAUGACCGGCUACUGGACGGCCUGCAACGUGGAGCCGUACUUCAGAGUGUCGCUCGAGGGCUCUUUGGAUAUGGAGGUGGUGGGCGAGGUGGGCGCGUGCAUGCCGACGGUGGGCGUGUUCAAGCCGUGCAGCGACGAGUCCAAGCCGCAGGUGGAGGCCAAGAGCGUCAGCAACGAUGUCUGCGAUCGGCCGUGCUAUAAGAAAUCGGACGAGUACCAGAGCAGAUACAAGCGCGGCCUCUUGUUCUACUUGCGGGACGAGACCAUAGUCGGCAUUGUGUUCUGGAACAUGCCGCCGAUGGAAGACAGGAAAGAUGUCGCCACUGAGAUACUUCGAGCGCGGCCGACGUAUAAGGAAAUUAAUAUGAUAUCGGAACUGCUAGGAUUCCCAGAAACACAAUGUGAAUACAAACCAGAAGAGGCAUUACGUGAAGUUGGCCCUUGUAUUAAAAAGUUUGUAUUUUGA